CGCCGGUAAGUGGCCGCGGGCAGAGCGCGCCGGCUGGUAUGGAGGGACUGGUCCUGCUCAAUGCCCUGGCCACCCGGCUGCUGUUCGUGCUGCACUCUUUGGUUGGGGUCUGGCGAGUGACCGUGGUGAAGAAGGAGCCGCGGUACUGGCUGCUGGCGCUGCUCAACCUCUUGCUCUUUCUAGAGACUGCGCUCACCCUCAAGUUCAAGCGCGGCAGAGGCUACAAAUGGUUUUCACCAGCCAUAUUUUUAUAUCUGAUUAGCAUUGUUCCAUCACUAUGGCUUCUUGAAAUGCACCAUGAGACCCAGUAUUGCAGUAGUCAAUCUGAAGAAAUGAUACAGAAUACCAGCAGCAAAGAAGAUUUCAAUCAAACACUGAUGUCAAGUGAAAAAACCAAUGGAGCUGAUGAUCUCAUUGAAACGGCCAAAGUGUUUGUAAAUAACUUAUCUACAGUGUGUGAGAAAGUUUGGACUCUGGGACUCCAUCAGACAUUCCUGCUAAUGCUAAUAAUUGGAAGAUGGCUUCUACCCAUUGGAGGUGGGAUCACUCGAGAUCAACUCUCUCAACUUCUCCUUAUGUUUGUGGGGACAGCUGCUGACAUACUGGAAUUCACAAGUGAGACUCUGGAAGAACAAAAUGUGAGGAAUAGUCCUGUCUUAGUCUAUGCCAUCCUUGUCAUAUGGACCUGGAGUAUGCUGCAGUUCCCACUCGACCUGGCAGUACAGCAUGUGGUGUGCCCCUCAUCAGUGACAUCAAGGAACUUCCCCAGUCUGUUCUUCUGCCAGUACAGUGCCGAUCUAUGGAACAUUGGAAUCAGCGUCUUCAUACAAGAUGGUCCUUUCCUUGUUGUGCGUCUAAUACUGAUGACCUAUUUCAAAGUGAUAAACCAGAUGCUGGUGUUCUUUGCUGCAAAGAAUUUCCUUGUGGUGGUGUUACAGCUCUACCGCUUGAUAGUGCUGGCUCUGGAUGUCCGUGCUUCCUUGCAGAAUCAACUGGAAGGCCUGAAAGGAGGGCACAAUGGCCCAGGUCAAGUAGCUGAGAGCAGGGUCUCACCUGGGCACUGGGAAGGUGGUUCUAAGGAAGGCUCGGAUAUACCUCUGCGGGUCUCAUCAGGGACCUCCGAGGACUCUCACUCCACACCUUAGUUAUUUAUUGACAGCAACAUGUGAUGCAACUGGAUCAUGUGAUUUUUCUGGUUCUUCUUAAAGACAGAAUCUUCCUAUCUUUUUUUUAAUCCUGUUAUAUAAUAAUUUUCAAAAGAACAACAUAAAAAGUGAUCUUAAACCAAAGCUCAGAAAUUUUCUUUUUUCAGCUGAAUGGAAGGAACUUUGCUUAGUGGCUAUAGCUACAACUUCUGUGUGAUGGUAUCAGAUGUUAUAGUUGUUCAACGACUAAGUGAUUUGUUUUUCUUGAACUGUUUAAAAAGCUAUGGACAGGGUUACAGUGACAUGCCCUCAAAAGAUUUAGUGCAGACAAACUGUCGCGGCUGUUACCUGAAAAUAGAGAAGCUUUGAACUUUGGCUCCAUUGUCAGAAUAUCUCUUCUGAUCUUUUCUGCAAUGUCCCUUUGACAUUAAAAAAAAAAAAUUGUACAUUCAGUGAAUGCAGAACAAAUGAAGGGAAAAUGCCUUUAAAAUUACCUCACUGUAGGCUGGAAGCAGUGAAAAUCUCGGCCUAGCUUCCAUAGCGUUGAGAGACCUCUUCAUCGCUGCACAGACCUUCCCAGGAAAAUCAUUUUUCUGGGCUGAUGUGGUAUUCUAUCAUGGCUCACUUUUACAGAAAUUUUAUUGCUUUUGGCUUGGACAUUGCAAAAUUCACAGCAAGCCAUUUCGAUUACAUAUCUACUGGUUGCAUGGCAGGAAAUACUGGUAAAAUGCUAGCAAAGUCAAAAUUUCCACUCCGAACAUGGUUUGUGGUAUUUGUCAGUAUUUUUCUUACCUCUGCUUUACCAUUUUCUAUAUUAACAAGUUGAAUUAUAUGGACUGAGUCCAGGGAACGCUGAAGUAGUGAAUGAAGGUAUUUUAGUUGCCACAGUUUCUGGUGUCUUUCUGCCAGGAGUAGCUUAAGCCUCCCUGAACUGCCACUACUACAGAUGGCCUUUGGUCUCAGGAAGAUGCUGGUGAUGGAGACUCGCAUCAGCCUUACCCACAGUCAUUGUCCUUGAUUAACUGAUAGAGUCAGAACAUGCCACAGAAUUAUAAAAAUCAAGGAAAUUCCUUUUACUUUUCUAAAGCCAAAUUCCUUUUCCCAGUAUUAAAAUAACCAUUCUUCCCCUUUAUAAACUUUUGUAUUUCCAGAAGGAGGUGAUUCAGAACCUUUAAAAAUGAUUUUUGCUUUUUAACAGGUAGAAUGAAAAUCCCCUGCCUACAUAGGAGUAACAAUAUGAAGCAAACAGUUUCAAAACUCUUAUUUUAAGGUUCAAGGCAUAAUUCCUCCCUGUUGUUAUGCUCAGGAAUUCAAAGGGUAAUUAAAGACAAAGCAGGGUAUGACUUUAAAUCUGAUGUGACCUAUGACAACCAGUUGGAACAACCUGAUUUAACUAUAGAUCUCUGUGUCACAUGAUAUUUGUUUAAACAUUUGGUAGGAAAAUUCCGUUUUCAUACAAAGAAAUGAAAUCUUCAGUGCCUUCUCAUGUUUCUUUCUUUUGUUGCCUGUGUUUUAACAAUAUGAUGAUUGUAAAAUUACUCAUGAAACUAAUGGACUAAGUUUCCAAUUCCCCACAAUAAUUUUUGAAAGUUUAAAUCAGGAAAUUAUAUUUACAUAAAGAACUUGACAACUUUUAAGGGCAUGUUAUUUAAAAUGCUUAGCAAUUGAAAACAAAAUAAUAACUGCUAUUUAUAAAAAUGCCUCAGCAGAAUCUGUUUUUAUGUUGACUAUUUUAUGUUGAGUGUUUUCCUCCACAACAUGUAUGUGCUGCUUAUUAUUGCAGAUUUGCUCAUGGCAUACUUUUCAUAUUUCGAUUUUUUUCUUCCAGCAAAACAAACAUUGGGCCUCUAAAAAUAGAUAAAGUAUAAAGUAGUACGGCUGUAGCAAAGAUAUUUUAAAUACUUUCAAAUCUGAGACUUGGCUUGGCUUCAUGAAUGAGUUUCUAGCAUUUGAGUAAAUUUUUUUGUAAUUAGCACUCCUCCAAAAGCCUGGGAAAUAGAAAGCUCGUCCAGAGUCUAGCUUUACUUUGUGUGCCAGGAAGGCAAAAAGCACCGAGGACUAAGUCAGCUAUUAAUGGUGGCAAAAAUAGACACUAGCUCUGCAAGAUUUUCCAGGAAAGUCUGCUAAGGGCAGCAUUUGUUAACUGCCAGUACGCUCAGUCUCACUGACUGUUUUCAUCGUGGGGAAAAAAAAUCUGUAUUCAUUUAGUUUAUUUAAAACUGAAACCUAAGUCUGGGUUUUAGCCUUAGGAUCUUUGAUGAAAAGUUUAAAAUGUAUUUAAUUUUGUGUUUUUAUGAUAGAUUGCUAAGCAUUGCAAUGUUAGAAAACAUCCAAGUGCUUGCUAUAAAGUGGCUAGAACAGCAGUUACCACCCAUAUGUUGACAUCUUGGGACUUGCUUCCAUUUUAUUUGUAAUAAGAUAACUGACUCAGCUCAUUUGUAUAAUACGGUGAACGCCACGCCUCUCUACCAUCCUCCACAGACAUAGAACACUCCAGCCUGCAGUCAUGAAGAUAGUGGCUGUCUGUUACCAUUGGUGCUGUUGUUAUUGUUGAUGUUGUUAUUUAAUUGCUUGCUUAAAACUUAAUCAAAUGUUCUUCCUAAAAAUGCUUCAUUCCACUUGUAAGAAAGCACCAUGUACUGUGUAGAUGCUGUGUAAAAACACACCUCAUAACCAUCUUGUGGGUUUUCUUUUACUGGAUGAGUCUCAGAGGACAUGACUGGACAUGGCAAGAUUAUCGUGUUAAUUUUUAUUUAAUCUGGAACUGAAAACAUAAGUGAAUCAAAAUUUGUACUGGCCGAUAACAUUCUUUCUAACUCUUCCAAAUUGAAGAUUCUUACACAAAUUUAUGAGUUGGCUCUGUUGUAGCUUCAAGAUCAGAAAGAUAUGGCCAAAGAUAUCAGGAUUCACUAUUGUACUAUUGUAAUAUGAAUUGUUUCAAUCAUGAUUAAUAGAAUUUUUUCAUAGUCCUGGGAAGGCACACAUGGUAGUGCACAUGCUUUAGGAUUUUUACCUGGGUUACAGAGUUCAGCAUUGACUUUUGUUAUCUUUAGCCCUUAAUCUCAAUGACUCUUCAUCAACUCUUCCAUUAAAAGACAGAAAAAAUUGCAAAAAGCUAAACCUCUCUCCAUAUCCACUUUACUCCAGUGAGAUGUUGAAAUAUUGCAGAAGCACGGAGACAUAAGUAAAAACUCAAAUUGUCUUGAAUUAUAAGAAGAGACUGUUAUUUUUGUUCUAAUUUCAAACUUUGCUUUCUACUUACUGGACAUUCUGAUCUACUCUCAGAAACAUCUGACGGGUUAAACUAGGCAGCUGGGGGAUGUUUAUGGCUUGAAGGCUUCAAAUAACUUUCCUUGUGAUGGGAGUAACUCUAAACAAUGUUUGAAUAAUCAACUGUUGUAAUCUUAUAUUUUAUGGGUAU